GCCUCGACAACGUUUAUUGCCGAGUACGUAGCUCGCUGCUAUCAGAAAGGUUAUACUGACAUGAGUAUAGACCGAUACUCACUCCUCCGGCGACCUCUGGCCUCCGUGUUCUCCAGGCUGAGUUCGAUAGGUCUCAAAUUGCUGAUCAACCCCGCGUUCCGUGGUCAUGGUCCACCACGGGCAAAAAAUGUAAAGAACCUUAUAAACCCACGACAAAAGGUAAAUGGUGGUUUGAUUGGGCUCAUGAGCAUGAAGGUAGUUUGUCGGUGAUCAGUAACAUUGGGAGAAAUCAUAGAGACUGAGCUUGGUAUGCAAUUAUUUGGUGAAGAAAGGUGCAUUCAUUGCCAGAGGAUGGAUUAUGAGUGCUGGGUUUUCACUGUAAAGGGUCGUCUACAAGUGGCAAAUCCUGGGAGUGCAUGCACUCGUUGCCGCACGAGUCCAGGUGCUGAUGGCUGUAGUUUGUCUAAUCGGCGGCCGCGGCUUAUAUCCAAUAAUAAUAAUAAUAGACCUCGCCUUCCACCCUGGGCCUUGCUACCGAAGGGUUGAGAUCCUAGCCUAAGUCGAGUGCCUGCGUGCUACAGUGCGUAGUCAUGCUUAUUAUUCUUUCCACUUCAGUCAAUAAUGAUAAUAAUGAUAAUACCAAGAGUAUUUGGUUCCAC